GCCCGUGCUCCGAGGAGGACCAUGACGACUACGACGACAUCUCCGGCGACAUUGCACCGGGGUCGCUGGAGGCGCCGCAGAUGCUGCCAAGGCCGGUGGCGACGCUGGGGAAGCCGUCUGCGUUGGGACGGAUCAUCGCUGUGCUGAGGAAGGGCGAUGAGGGUGGCAACUUUGCGUAUGAGGGGAAGGAGUUGGAGUUGCGGCGGCCGACGGGGAUGAGGCAUUGGGGGGCGGCGGAUAAGUGGAGGUUGUUCUAAAUGCUCUUUUUGGAGGUCGGAUUCCAUCACACCGGUAGAUGUUCAACAAGUUCAAUAUAUGUAUCAGCGCUUGACAUGCACAUGUGCAUCACCACAUCAAAAAUCUUUUUUCAACGGCCGUCACUGUGCGUGUUGUGCCAUAGCAGCAGACACGGAGUAUCUGCUUGAUUGCACGCCUUCCUUGCAUGCGCUUGACGGGGAGGCGCUCGCAAGCCAUGGGCCUGCGCGAGCUUGCAUGUCCGCUGGCUGUCGGAACUCAUGUCGCGUGUCGCACCACUCGGCUCUCCAGGGCUGUAUCCUCGCAAGCUCGCUAUCGAAUGCUGAAACACACUACACAUCGAGCACGCGCGCCACCAGUCCGAAAGAGACCAUCGAUGCAACGACGGCACAAAACGGGCCUGACAGCGCACAUCUGCAAUCCGCGCGAGUGGAUGCCUCACGCGCGCGUACAUUCCUUCUCACGCCAAAGCAGGAGUGCACCCCUUCACGAAUGGUGGUGAGAAGCCAAUGGAUAGUUGCGGAGCGCCUGAAACGGGGGUAUGCGUUGAGAGAAGUCAGAUCAUAACAUGACCUGACCAAACAUGUCUGUAUCGGCU